CCUCCAGCAGACGAACAUAGUCAACAAACAUACUUUAAAGUGAUUCUGCUGCGUCCACACGUGGCAAUUGACUGUGAAAGGUUUUAACUAUUAUUUUUCGUGUGAUUAGACGAUUACUAAAAGUAUUGAAGACUUCUUAACCCAUUGACUACAUUCAGACAUGUUUGGUUCACGUGGUAGAGGCCGAGGUGGAGAUCGCGGUGGUUCUCGAGGCGGAGGCCGUGGUGGUGGAGAUCGAGGAGGAUUUCGAGGUAGAGGCAGAGGUGGUGGCGACCGUGGAGGAUUUCGUGGUGGUAGCCGAGGCCGAGGUGGAGGAGAUCGUGAAGGAUUUCGGGGAAGCAGUAGAGGUAGAGGCGGUGGAGAUCGUGAAGGAUUUCGAGGCAGAGGACGUGGACGUGGUGGAGAUCGCGGAGGUGAUCGUGGUGGAUUUCGAGGCGGCAGCAGGGGCCGAGGUGGAGGAGAUCGUGAAGAAAGAGGCGGUUUCAGAGGUUCCAGAGGUGUUUCAAGGGGAAGUUUCAGAGGAAGUGAUCGUGGAAACUUUGGAGGUGACAGGGGUGCUCGUGGAAGCUGGGCUGACUCAGGCAGUUCCGGUCAUAGAGGUGCCCCAAGAGGUGGCCGUGGAAGAGGAGCACCUGCUUUCUCCAACAAUGGAAGAGAGAGUCCAGAGCAAAUCAUCAGUCCAGGCAAAGAAAAAAAAGUUCACCAGAAAGAAUCUGAAAUCAAAUUGGGAUUGCAAAUCUAUGUUGCCUUCAAGAAAACUCCAGUUGUUAUCGAAGAACUUGAAAAGCUACCAGGAUUUCAUUCAGUUCGUGCACCACCUAAUGAGAAGGAAAAUGAGAAAAUCAUCUUGUUCAAAGACAUGGAAUCACUUGAUGCUGCUAGAGAAAUCCUUGACGCCCAUGAAAAUGUUCAAUCCACAAACCAAAUGGGAUUAAAAUCAAUUGUAAAACAGCGUAAAGCCUCAGAUGCCUGCAAAGUUUACCUCAGUUUUAGUGAAGCUGUUACCGAAGAGGCUGUUAAAAAACUUGAUGACAACAUUAAAGAAGUUGCCCUCUUCAUAGAAAAAAAUAGCUGUGCACUGCAAUUUGCAACACUCAAAGAAGCCAAAAUUGCAGCUGGCAAAUUGAAGAGACAUUUGAGUCAAAUUCAGAGCUUACUUCAAGUGGAUGUUUAUAAGCCGAAGACAGAAGAUGAUGUUCCCGAAAAUUUAGCUUCUAUUUGCCAAGUUUAUCUGAAGUUCAACGAACCUUAUGAUGAAAAAGCUGUGAAAAAGCUUGACACCACCAUUGAAGCAAUUCUUCCAGUUCACAGCUGCAAUGUGCGUUUUGCAACUCGUGAGGAAGCAGAGAGUGCAGCCGAGAAAAUAAAGACAAAGAUUGGUGAAAACGGCCUACGACUUGUGGAUGUGUAUAGUCUGCCAUCAAAGGCAGCUAAUAGUGUACCACAAGACAAGGUUGUACUAAGAGAUGUUCCGAAAGAGGCCUCUCUUAAAGAUUUCGUCUCUCAGUUCCCUGAUGCCAAUGCUGUGGUUAUUUACAAAAAUACUUUCCCUGCCUCCAAGUUUUGUCAUGCUUAUCUUGGUUUCGACAACGCGGAGCGGGCAGCAGAAAUAUUAAGUUCUACCGAUUUAAAAAUUGCCGGGAAAAAAGUAUACGUUUUCCCAGCAUACUCGGAUUUAUUACAGGAACUUCCCGAUUUAGGCGAAAUCAAAGCCAAACUGCCUGAAACCGACAUCAAAGAGGGACCUCCAAGCAAGAAAAGGAAGGUUGAAAACGAAGACGAAGAAAUGGAAAGUGAUGAAGAAGCCAGUGGAGAAGAAGAGGAUGAAUUAGACGAAGAAGGCGAAGAGGAGGGAGAAGAAGAAGAAGAAGGGGAGGAAGAGGAAAGUGAAGAUGAAGAGGGUCAGGAAGAAGGAGAUGAUGAGAUUGAUGACGAAGAAGACGAUGAUGAGGAAAGUGACUAAAUGGAAAUUCUACACUGUCUAGAAAUUAAUGAUUUCAUUCUUGACAAAUAAUGAAGUAUGAACUGUUUUCGUGACGCAUUAACCAAAUAAAGGUUAUCAACGAUGA